GUACAUGUGUCCAACAAUCGUAUACAAAUGUAUAGUUGUUUGUUCUUUAUUUCAUAUUUCAUUGUGCCCACUCAAUGCAGUGUAAACAAAAAAUCAAGUGUCAUCCGCCAAGCGCCUAGUUUUGUACGAAACAACAACAAUAACAAAGUGUUAUAGUAGCAAAAGCAAAUCAGUGCCACUUUAACUGGUCAGGCAUGUGUGCAAGUGAGCGCGCUAUAGUGUGCAUUAAAAAGUGGAAAGUAACGUUGCGUAUUGUGUGUUUUUAGCAGAGAGUGAGUGAUUGAUUCCAAUAAGAAAUAACGACAGUAUUUGCACAGCAGACGCACAAGCAAGCAUUUAUGUAGUGAAUUAACAAAAAUUUCGGCAAUAUAUUACCAAUUAGUGUGCAGUGAUAUUCCCAUAAAAUAAAUAACGCAAUUUUUAUAAAGAAAAUAAUUAAACAAAUUGUAAUUACAAACAAUCUAACGCACACUAGUGUAUGUUAGAAGAGCACAAAACGUCGCAGCAGCAGCACCGAACCUACGUAUGUGCCAGUGAGAGCAAAAGAGAGAGCGUGUGAACGAAACAAUACUGGCUGCAGCGUAGGCAGUUGUAGAGAGCAAACGAGAGCAGCGUGCACGCUGCAGCGUUGUGUGUAGCGUGUGUAAAGCAGAGAAGUACGUAGCAAAGCGUUGGACGAUUGGAAAAAAUGUAAAGCGAAGCAUUGCAAAUGUCAAUAAACUCUACAAAGGUAAAAAUUCAUCCAACAUGGGACUACAUCAACGACAUCUAUCGAACUUUUACAAAUUGCAGCAGCACACCUUGAAACAAGAAAAGAUUUUAUAGAGAAGCAUAGGCACAUAACCAUCUUUAAAAACAAAAAAAAACAAAGAAUAACGGAAUAGCGCACAAGCUCGAUUUAUUUCUUUCACAAAAAGCACACACAAUUUUUAAUCAUAAGUAAUAAUGUCCUCCACAAAGGCAGAGAGCGCCGCUGGCGCCAAUCCCGCCGUGGCUGCCUUUGGCUCAACGCUGGCCGGGAGUGCAUUCCAGCUGCCUGUGAAUAUGCAUGCACAGCUUGCCGCGAAUGGCAGCAAUGGACACAGUACGAAUGGCACAACUACAACCACCACAACAACAACAACGCGAAACAAUAUAUCCGUGACGAAUAUCAAAUGCGAAAUGGAUGAGGGAGUUGUGGGAACACUAAUGCCCAACGGCAACAAUAUAGUGCCUGUCAUCGCCACAACGGGCGCUGCUAGCUAUUAUAACGGUGCUAGCGGUGGAGGAGGCGGCGGCAGUGGCGUGGGUAUACGCAUACCAGUGACGAAAGCAGAAGAUUCUGACUCCGAAGCUGAGUUGACGAAUAUUGAAAAUUUAAAAGUGACGCGACGUGCGCACAACAAUGCGGACAGCAGCAGUGGCACAAUGGGCGCGGGUGGUGCGGUCAGUAUUGGCGGCGGUGGCAGCGCUAAUAACGGAAAUCACAAUAAGAAUGGGCCGCGACCCAUGUCAUGGGAGGGUGAACUCUCCGAAACGGAGACGACUGAAACGGAGCUAAUGGAGACGGAGAACUCGUUGAGUAACAGUGGUGUGGCGACACAUAAUUUCAAUGCAACAAGCAUAGGUGUAGCGGUGAUUAAGAGCGAGGCGACGACAACAACGCCAGGACACACAUUAGCGCCGACGCCUACGCAUCCCAUAAAACCCGAGCAAAUGGAACAGAUAUCCGUGGAAGUGCAUGGUGGCGCUUUAGCUGGACUGGGUACCACCAUGCGCAGCGGUUUGGGCAGCAGCAGUAGCGCGGGUAGUCUUUAUUCCGCCACGCAUACAAAGUUGGCGCCCACACAAAGUGAUCCCAUCAAUUUGAAGUAUGAACCCGAGGCGGCGGCUGCUGCUGCAGGUUUAAUGCCUACUGGAGCUAAUGUCAAUUCGCCGCUUUUGACGCGCAACAAGUCUGCCACAUUGCCACUGCCUGCCAAUCCCAGCCCCGAUUCUGCCAUACAUUCCGUCUAUACGCACAGUUCACCGUCCCAGUCGCCGUUGACAUCGCGUCAUGCGCCAUACACGCCUUCGCUGAGUCGCAACAAUAGCGAUGCAUCGCAUAGCUCAUGCUACUCCUACAGCUCGGAGUUCAGCCCGACACAUUCACCCAUACAGGGCAGACAUGCGCCACCGGCGCCCGCACUCUAUGGCAACUACAAUGGUUCAUUACAUCAUUCGGUGAUCUAUCGACCCAUCUCGGUAGCGGAUGGCGCUGCUGGCGCUGUAACUGGUAACGGUAAUGCUGGUGGUAACUGCAGUACGGAAGCGCAAAAUCUUAGCAUGGACACAAAGGUCUCGCCGCUGAAUAUCGGUUUGGAAGGUUUGCCCGCUUCACCGGCUGGUAUUUCACGUCAGCAGCUCAUCAAUUCGCCGUGUCCGAUUUGUGGCGAUAAAAUUUCUGGCUUCCAUUAUGGUAUUUUCUCGUGCGAAUCGUGUAAGGGCUUCUUCAAGCGUACCGUACAGAAUCGCAAGAAUUAUGUGUGUGUACGCGGUGGUCCGUGUCCGGUUAGUAUUUCGACGCGUAAAAAAUGUCCAGCCUGUCGUUUUGAGAAAUGCCUGCAGAAGGGCAUGAAACUCGAAGCGAUACGUGAAGAUCGUACACGUGGUGGUCGUUCCACAUACCAGUGCUCAUAUACGCUGCCCAACUCGAUGCUGAGUCCGUUAAUGUGUCCGGAGCAGCAGGGUGUGGCGGCGGCGGUUGCGGCAGCUGCAGCGGCAGCGGCUAAUCAGCAACAACAACAGCAUGGACGGUUGGGUGCGCCAAUGGCUCACUCAAUGUCUGCGCAGCAACAACAACAGCACACGUUGAACGGGCUCUCAGGUGGUCUCGGCGCCGGACAAUCCAUAAUCAAGUCGGAGCAAUGCGACGACAGUGGCGCUUCAGCGCGCGCAACAAACAUUCCAACGCUGUUGCAGGAAAUCAUGGAUGUUGAGCACCUGUGGCAAUAUAAUGAAGCAGAAUUGGCACGUCUCAAUCAACCGAUCUCUACAUCGUCUUCUUCCUCUUCCAAUGCAUCUUCGUCUUCAUCAUCCACAGCGUCCGCCGGAGGCGCUCCAACCGGCAAUCCACAAAUGACAAACCCACUACUGGCCAGUGCCGGGUUUGGCAACGGCGAAAACACCAAUCCCGAUUUAAUUGCCCACCUGUGCAAUGUGGCCGAUCAUCGGCUGUAUAAGAUCGUGAAAUGGUGCAAGAGCUUGCCGCUCUUCAAGCAUAUAUCGAUCGACGAUCAAAUUUGCCUGCUCAUCAAUUCGUGGUGUGAGCUGUUGCUCUUCUCAUGCUGCUAUCGCUCGAUCGAUACACCGGGCGAAAUCAAAAUGUCACAAGGCAAGAAGAUCAGCUUGGCGCAGGCGAAAUCCAGUGGCUUACAGGCCUGCAUUGAACGCAUGUUGAACAUGACAGAGAAUUUGCGACGUUUGCGCGUCGAUCGCUAUGAAUAUGUUGCCAUGAAAGUGAUUGUGCUGCUGCAAUCGGACACCAGUGAACUGCACGAGCCCGUCAAGGUGCGUGAAUGCCAGGAGAAGGCGCUGCAGGCCUUACAAGCCUACACGCUUGCGCACUACCCAGACACGCCGUCGAAAUUCGGCGAGUUGCUGCUGCGCAUACCAGAUCUGCAAAAGACAUGCCAGCUCGGCAAGGAAAUGCUCACGAUUAAAUCACGUGACGGCGGUGAUUUCAAUUUGCUGAUGGAAUUGUUGCGCGGAGAGCAUUGACAAAUGUUGUUGCAUAGUGCGUGUAGUAGAGCGCAACAACAACAACAACAACGACGAGAAGAAGCAGCAAGGGCGUCAACGUAUGCAAAUUGCCAGCUGCUGAAUUGGCAAAGUGCAAUGGAUUUAGCCGCCUGGAAGGCUAUUGGUUGUGCUUAAAAUGGCGGCGAGCGCAUGUUUUACCGUUAGUUUAUCAAAUAUGCCGCUAAAGUUUCCGAAAAAGUUUGCGCAAGCGCAUGAAACAACAAAAUAUACACGACAUGCCGCGUAAAUAGAACGAAGACAGCUUAAAAUAAAUAAAAAUAUGAAAUGAAAAAAGUUUAUAUUAGUGAAUGUUAGAUAUCUAAGAAUGGCAAACAGUGCGAAAACUAAAAUAUUUUAGCAGUUAUACUACGCAAGAGUAUAACUUUAGUAAUCGAUUGUGCAGUUUUAAAUUAAAAACACAAGUAGUAUCUAACAUUUUAGUAUUUUUUACUAUGCCCAUAAAAAACACCCUAUUUUAAGUAUUUUAAGUGUAUUAAAUUAAGUAACUAGACUUAGCAUCUGAUUACAUAAGUAAGCAUGUAAUUAAAUCAACUUAAAAGAAAAACAAAAGAAACUUGAAUAUGAAAAACAUGUGCCUAAAUGAGUAAACGUUAAAGAAACUGAUAGUAAAAUGCAACAUAUAAAAAGGAA